UCUCUGUUCUGGAUACAUAUGGGAAUCAACUUCAGAGCCUUUAAAAAUACUGAUGUCUGGGCCACACCUCCAAAGGUUCUAUUUCCUUUAUUAGAGUGGGGCCUGGCCAUCAGUAUUUUUUUAUGGCUGUCCAGGUGAUUCUACUAUGCAACAAGGAUUGAGAACAGCUGACCUAAAGCGUUUUGCUGCUCUAAAAUAACGAAGUUUGAAUUUACACAAAGUAAUUUAAGAAAACAGAUUUUGAAAGCUUCCUUGAAUGCCUCCUACUAAGCUAAAUCUGAAUUGGAAAAUGAUGAGAAUACUGAAAUUGUAAAAUAAAUAUUAAACUCCCCUUAUUUUGUACCUUUGAGCAAAUAUGAUUUUAAUUAAGGAAAGUAGAAAAAGCCAAACCAAGAUUCCAUACAUAACUCAUAAAUUGCCCUGCUUGACUUUUAUAAUUUAUGCCACCUGUACAGUGUCUGUGUUUGUUUUUGUAUUUUACCUUCCACCUCUUUCUAGGAGCCAAGGAAGCUAUUUCAUGCCAUUCUUCCCUGGGCCAGUUGCAUUUAGAUUGAAACCUGAACAAGGAAAUUUCCUAUUCAAACAAGCAGAUUUGCAAGAAUGGAUCCCUCUGGGGGGAUGGGGAAAGCUUUUACAGGUAUUUAAGAGAUUAUGGCAUCUGAAACCCACAAUGUUAAAAAACGGAACUUUUGUGAUAAUAUUGAGGAUCAUUCUACUGAUCUUCCUAGAAAAAGGAUCUCUAAUUUCACUAAUAAGAACAUGAAGGAGGUUAAGAAAUCUCCAAAACAGUUGGCUGCUUACAAAAAUAGAACAGUUGGACAAGCUGUGAAAAGCCCGGAUAAACUGCAUAAGGUGAUCUAUCACAGAAAGAAGGUUCAUCAUCCCUUUCCAAAUCCUUGUUACAGAAAAAAACAGUCCCCUCGAAGUGGGGGCUGUGACAUGGCAAAUAAAGAAAAUGAACUGGCUUGUGCAGGCCACUUGCCUGAAAAAUUACGCCAUGAUAGUCGAACAUAUUUGAUUAACUCCAGUGAUUCUAGUUCUUCACAAACAGAAAGUCCAUCAUCAAAAUAUAGUGGGUUUUUUUCUGAGGUUUCUCAGGACCAUGAAACAAUGGCUCAAGUUUUGUUCAGUAGGAAUUUGAGAUUGAAUGUAGCUUUAACUUUCUGGAGAAAGAGAAGUAUAAGUGAACUUGUAGCUUACUUGGUGAGGAUAGAAGAUCUUGGAGUUGUGGUAGAUUGCCUUCCUGUGCUCACUAAUAGUUUACAGGAAGAAAAACAAUACAUCUCACUUGGCUGCUGUGUAGACUUGUUGCCUCUAGUAAAGUCACUACUUAAAAGCAAAUUUGAAGAAUAUGUAAUAGUUGGUUUAAACUGGCUGCAAGCAGUCAUAAAAAGGUGGUGGUCAGAGCUAUCAUCCAAAACAGAAAUUAUAAAUGAUGGAAAUAUUCAGAUUUUAAAACAACAAUUAAGUGGAUUAUGGGAACAGGAAAACCAUCUUACUUUGGUUCCAGGAUAUACUGGUAAUAUAGCUAAGGAUGUAGAUGCUUAUUUAUUACAGUUGCAUUGAGAGAUUUCAUCUUACGAAAGACCACUUGGUUGUUCAAAACAGCCCUGGACUAUGAUUUAUAAAAAAAAGGUCUCCUCUGAGAACUGUGAACUGUGGAAGAAAUCAAAACCAUUUUUCCUUUUAAAAAGCCACAUAUUGAAACCACUAAUAAAACCCUAACAAUCUACUUCACAUUGAAGUGGAAAAAUAUCCAAAAGGAGCAGCUUCAACUUCAAUGAGGUGAAAGUGCACUAUGAAGAUUGUUCACCUUUGCUGCAUUUGGGAUUUAUAUGGUUAUGCGGUAACAUUGUUUAAGAGCUACUGGGUCUUAAUGCAAUCCUGCACAAGAAUAUAAUUUAUACUAUGUGAAAAAAUAAGACAGGACUUACUACUAGGAACAGCAAAGACCAAUCAUCAUUCACUUUUUCUAAGAUUGUGUUUUAUAAAAAAGCACAUAAAUGUGUGCAGCUAUUUUCUUAUGUUGAAAAGACUGAAAGUUAAAAACAUCAUAGCAGAAAACAAUAUUAAAAAUUUUUGUCCACACUGAGAUACUGUGUAUACAAAAUGCCUUAAUUAUUAAUAAGCCAAUGUGUUAUGAUACCAAUAUCUGUUUAAAAAAUUAAAACCAACGAUGCUUCUGGCAUGAUAAAAUCAUGGAAUUAAAUCAGGGGCUUACAUUCAUGGUAGAAUGUUGAAACACAUUCUACACCAUUUUUGAAACUUGAGAAUAUUUUUAGUAUCUCAGAUUUUUUUUUCCAGAAUCAUCAUGUCACAUGUAUGUGUUAUCUGUAUCUAAAAAAAAGGUGAAUAUGUAUGAAUGUUUAACUGGAUAUGUCCAUGGACUUGGCUAAUUUAUAUUCACUUUUUAUUGUAUAUAGAUUUCUAAUAUUUUUCAUUUCUGUAUCAUUUAAACUUUUCAUUUGAGUAAAUUCACUAAAUAUUUCUAUUUUUUUGCUUUUUUAAUUCUGAUUUUAUAUGAAUUCUAAUUCUUUUUCACUACAUUGUUUUAAAAAGAGUUACAUACAAUGCGUUAGACUUGUUUACAGUUAAUGCUGACCUUGUAUUUUAAAUUCCAACACUUUACAUCACUACCUCUUCUAAUGGUUAGUAUGACAUGCCAGCAGACUGUAUGAGGUCUUUUUUUAAAUACCAUUUUUGGUGUCAAUGAACCUAAUUCUGAAAUGUCUUAAUAGCUCUAAAUCUUACUUCUUUUGAAAAUGACUGGAGUUUAAUACCACUACUGGUGGCUCAUACAUCAUCUCAUCCUUAAUACGCCUGACAGGUAUCUGAGCAAAGAUUUUUAGUAAUUGAAUUUCUCUGCAGUAUUCCUUCAAGCACUUGAAUGUAAAUCUUUAGCAUUUACCCUUUUAGUGACUACUGAUAAGAAUCUCAAAGCAUAUUUCUUGCUUUAAAAAUGUUCUUUCACUGAGUUCUAUUCUUAUGUAGCUAUAUUUCAUUAUAGCUAUGUAUUCACAGAGAACAUAAAUUGUAAUAAUUGGUUAUUUUCUUAAAUCUUUAGAAUAAUUUCAGAUUACUGCAUUUCUGUGAUUUGAGAGUUGAGUUAUUAAGAAGUCAUUUUUCAGAACAUGGGAAUUUGAAUUGUAAACCUAUGCCAUCUCUGAAACCUUAAGAUGAUGAAAUAUAACCCUUUGU